AUGAAUAUCUUCCGGAUAGCAGGCGACCUGUCGCAUGCCGCCUCGAUCUUCAUACUGCUGGCUAAGAUGCGGACGUCGAGUAGCGCAGCAGGCAUCUCCUUCAAAUCCCAAUUCCUCUACCUCGCCGUCUACAUCACGCGAUACCUCGAUCUCUUCUGGACCGACCCGACGAAAUACGUCUACAACACCAUCUUCAAGCUCAUCUUCAUCUCCGCGCAGACGUACAUCGUGUAUUUGAUGCUCAACGAUUACAAACCCACGCAUGAUCCAAACCAGGAUACGUUCAAGGUGCAAUAUUUGGUCGGAGGGGCGGCGGUGUUGGCGAUACUGUUUCCGUAUAGGUAUACGCCGCCUGAGGUGGGUCAUACUUGA